CAUUAUCCAAGUAUUCGCACUUCGAGUACGAUGAUAAGUGCGAGCUGACUCGAAUUCUGCUGUUUGUGUCUGAGUCACUUCUGCUUUGGGCAGGUGGGAUGCUUUUAGCUUCACAAGAUUGAACAUUUACCCCGCUCACGUGUUUGGGGUUGUGUUGAUAUAAAUAGAAGUACUUGCAAAGUUGUCGUGCUUUUUGAGGUAUCGAUAACAGUUUUAUUCUAUUUCAAUUUGAUAUAUUCACAAUGGCACGUAUCACGACUCGCGAUUUGGGGUAUAGUCCUGGACAACUUGAAGCUGGGCCUAAGAAUUCUAUUCUUGAUAUCAAAGGGGUUCAUGUCGGUCAAGUGACUGUGGGAAAAGACGGGGACGAUGUCUGCAAUGGUGUUACUAUCAUUCUCCCUCGCGAUCCUUCGGAGAUCCACAUCCCAUGUUAUGCAGGAAUGCACACCUUGAACGGCAACGGCGAGGUUACUGGCUCGUACCAGGUCAAGGACUGGGGAUAUACUAGCAGUCCUCUCGCUUUGACGAAUUCCUGUAGUCUUGGCAUCACCUUUCACGCAAUCUGGCAAUGGACCUUGGCUCAAGCCCGUAAGAAUGGCACCUCGUCGGAGGCACUCAAUCAUAAUUAUGCUACUCCAGUUGUGGGCGAGACAUCGGAUUGGUGGUUGAAUGAUGCCCACCAAACCGCUCUCGAGGAGAAACACAUCCAUGAAGCCUUCGCCAAUGCACUGACCCAGACAGAAGUCCAAGAAGGUCAGCGUGGAGGUGGUGCCGGAAUGACUUGCCAUUUCUUUCCUGGCGGGACAGGCACUUCGUCAAGAAUUGUGAGGGGUCAUGGUGAAAAGAAGUAUACUGUGGGUGUCAUUUGUCAGUCGAAUUAUGGGCACUUGCCCGAUUUGCAGAUUGGCGGGGUGCCGAUUGGAAAAUUGAUCUUCAAAGAGAGGGGGAGUCCUGUUCAUCAGCCGGAGAAGACGCAAGCUCAGCUUACGAGUGGAGGCGGGAAGGCUGAUGAGGGAAGUAUUGUCAUAUAUCUCAUUACCGAUGCACCUGUUCUUCCCCAUCAGUUGAAUCGCAUGGCUAGACAUUGUGCGGUGGGACUUGCCCAAGUUGGCGGUCAUGGUGUGGGACGAAAUCACUCUGGCGAUAUCAUCAUGUGUCUUUCUACUGCCAAUAAGCCGGACGAGAGAGUAUCGACCCCGCAGGUCAAUAUGAUUGGUCCGAUUGAGAAGAAUCAGAUCGAGAUCAUCAAGAAUGAGAGUAUCGAUGCCAUGUUCAGAGCAGCUUCUGAAGCCACGGAAGAGGCGAUCUUGAACUCCAUCAUUGCAGGUAGAGAUGGGAGAACGGGGUUCGAGGGCAUUCAUUUCGAUGGGUUCCCAGUCGAUUUUGUGAAAGAGUUGUUGAAGAUGUAUCGUGUAGAUGUCUAAAAGUGGCG